AUGAAGCCUUUGACACCCGUCGGAUCACCCUCUCCCCUUCGGCUGCUCAACAAGGGACCAGACUACCUCCGCAGGCAAAUGGACGCUGGGAGCCGAGGGCGGUCAAUCAGCGCCGUGGAGCGUCUGGAAGCAGACAAAGCCAAAUAUGUCAAGAGCCAACAAGUCAUCAACACUAAACAGGAGCCUGUUGUGGUGCCCUGUGCGACCCCGCCACCCCUGCCCCGUCGUCCCUUCACUGUCUCUGGCUCAUCCACACCCCUUCUGCCACCGCGUAGGUCCAUAACCACGCCUUACUCUGCUUCCAGCCCGCACUCCUCGCAGAACAACAAUGAGGAUGAUUCCCGAAAGGAGAACUGUCACUCAGUGGAUAACGUGGAGGCUCGUAAUCAUAAUAAUGCUAACCGAGCUCCUCUGGCAACUCCAAGAACCCCAGUCACUGCUCCCUUAGUUGCCCCACACAGUGCGCCUGUGAUGCGGAGGAGUACAGGCAAACGGAUGUUGCGUCCAGACUCCCUGGUCAUCUACAGACAGAAGAAAGAGUGUAAGAGCCCCAGCGCUGGCGUUAACGGGAACGCUAACAUAGAGACAAAAGGUUAUAGCUUUGUUCGUCGACUCUUCCAGGGCUCCAUGAGAGAAAAAAACAUGGCCCAGAAAAUGGUGAUCAGCGAGGAGAGGGCUUCCUCUCGAGAUGGCGACUCCCGCAUGUCUUGGUCUAACGACAAGGACACCGUUGAUGGCGGGAAUGAGACGAGGAGGUCCAGCAGGUCAGAACGUGAGCAGGUCAAUGGGAACGCAGUCUCUCUGGACCAGCAAGCAAAGGCCAGCAUGAACAACACCCCACCAACUGGUGUGUAUAACGGUAACGACAACGACAUGGACCCGUGGAAGCCUGUGGUGCCGUUGUUACGACCAAGGCUGCGACGUUCCACGUCGGAUCUCCGACUGCGUCACUCGUUAGCGCUGUCUGAGCAGGAGCGGUUCUUUGACUACUGUGGACUGGACCUGGACAUGGUUCAGAGGCUCGGUCCUGAAAACUUUUUAUCGGGCGCCAGUUCGGUGGACACUCUCUCCCUGAUUCUGCGAAGCGUCGGCGGAGGAGACACCGCGGCCUCGGAACCCAGCGAGUUUUCUCGACACUCUGGGGACGGGCUGUUUCAGGAGGAAGUAGCUGAGCAGCUCCCUUCAGGUGUGUCCAUCAUUGAGCGAAAUGCCCGUGUCAUCAAAUGGCUUUAUGGGUGCAAGAACGCUGCCCAGGAGGGCCCAAAAGAGUCCACUGUGUAG